AUGGGGUUGUCGGAGGAGUUUGAUGUGAGGCGCUUUCUUGGCAGGGGAUGCUAUUCCAUGGUCUACGAAGCAUUCCAUACGGAGGGUGUUGACAAGGAUAAACCCUAUGCAUUUAAACGCUUUUUCCUUCAAAAUCCAUCCGCCAUUCACUGCGCUUUACGUGAACGGAAUGUUCUUGUGCGCCUCGCCGAGGAGGAAUACCAAUCACCUUUUCUCCCUACCCUCUUUUAUAGUUUCACAAUACAUGGUUCCCCAACGUUGUUACUUCGCGAAGGAACCGGCUGUGACUUAUUCGAUCUCCUACGUUCAAAUGGUCUCCUGAACGAAUCUCAAGCGCGGUUUUACACAUCCGAACUUAUCAGUGGCUUGGAGCAUCUUCACUCCCUGGGUAUUGUCCAUUUAGAUCUUAAACCCGAGAACGUACUCCUCUGUCUCUCAGGCCAUGUGUUCAUUUCCGAUUUUGAUCGUUCCUACGAUCUUUGCCGAAACAACAAAUCUCCAAGUGAUGACGACUUUACGGGGACGCCUCUUUUUAUGGCACCUGAAAUAGCUAAGGGAGAGAUUAUUACCACCAAGGCUGACAUCUGGAGUCUAGCUGUUUUAAUGGCCGAAUUAGUGUCUGGCCCUAUCCGCUCAGUAGCCAAGAAUUUGGACGAAGAUCUCAGGUGGGCAAAGGAGGGUCGUUAUGCAAUCAAGGCUUUUAACAGACUCACAAAGCCUCUUCAGGCCUUCUUUAGUGCCUGUUUUAAACGUCGACAUCAGGAACGUCCUGACAUUUCAGGUAUUAAGGGACUUCGCUUCUACAAACACGUCAAUUGGGAUGUUGUACGUUCUUGCAGCCAGCAACCACCUAUUCUUCCGUCGUCGAUAAACCAUCGUCCUGACAGCGAGGCAAUUUGCAAAUUGGAUCCUCAUGAUCCCAUACUACUAGCAGCUGCCUAUGGAAAAGUAAUGCCCGUAGUAAGGAAGCGUCUACGGCACGCAAUUGAGUUGCGUGACGAUGGUGCUUCUAAGCUGAUCACUGAACCCCCAGACUACGAGGGACUUUCGUCAGCUGGAAUGACCCCAGAAGUAAUCGAGCGACUAUUUGCCAACUUUCAGUUCAUUAAUCCAACUCUGCGCCCCAUAGUCAAGGAGAUCUCAGUGGGAACCGAGGUCAAGGUUGAAGUUUUGCCUUCUUUAUUUGAGAAGACUGUGGAAGAGAUUGAGGAUUUGGAAAAAUCAUUCGGGCAAAAUCGUAUUCGGGCCCGGACUUGUUCUGCUGGAGAUUGA